AUGUCAUCUCCGUCGGAUUCCUCUCCCUGCACAUCUGAAAGUGAUCUAGAAAGUUUUACAGUUGACGAAGUGAUGGGGGAAUUGUCUGAAUUUGCGCCGUACGACGACAGUUGCGAACCCCUUGCUACCGAGGAAGAAGCCGCGGACUACAAUGAAAGAGUUCAUCGCGAAGAAGAAGAGGAACAACAGUUUCAGCGAAGAUAUUCGGGAGAGGUGCCAGCGAAUGAAUGGUAUGGUAUUAUCAUGGAAUGUAGAUUUAUAUUUUUAUUUUCCAAUUUCAACAUACCCGUCGUUAAAUCGUGCGCGUGAGGAACGCGACUGUGUGUUUUGUUUAAGUUUACAAUUUCGUUGCUUUGUGAUUAACUGUAGUCCUGAUUUUAUGCGAUAGUUUUAUUGAAGAGGUCAGACAAUUAAUAAUUUUAUACAGACGUAUUUUUCUUGUGUUUGACGAAUUUUUCACAUUACUUUGCAGGUGUUCGUGCUCGAACUGCUCUGUCAGCCUUGUUACAAAAGCGCAGGAGUGCAUUUGCUGCAAAGAGAUCGAUCGCUGCGAAGAGGUCAUGGAAGAAGCCAUUGGAGACCGGACCUUAUGCAUAACCCUCCAUCCAGGGUUUGAAAGCGUCUGCUUAAACCGCCACGUAUUAGAAGUGGCUGCACUGGGCCUAAAAACGCGAGCUGGAAAGUCGUACACAACUGUUCGUGGGCAAAGCCACAAAAGUGAUAAUGAGUAAGUUGGGGUAUUGUUGACUUUGUAUCGGAACGAUCGAACCGUACAUAGCAUUGAAUAAUUGAUUCAUCUAAGCUUAUCGCCGUGGACUGAUCUCAUAGAAUCACAUUUUUUAUUUUCUAAAUGGCUUUAUUGCCCCAACUGCUUAUUUUUAAAAGGAGUAUUUAUUUAUCUCCAUCCAAUCCCUCCUUGAAUUAACAGUGAUCUCAUUUCUCUAACUAGAUUCCUGAGGUCUGUGGCCUAUCGCCAAUUUACAAGACUGCUGUGGAGUUAUAUUGGUAGUUCCAGGCGAUACCCCUUGCCCUGUUGUGCCUACAAUAAAAUCAGGAAACAAUUUCCGAGUCAAAAUGGCCAUUAUCGUGGAUUCGAAGAUGAAGAAAAUGAAUAA